UAAAAUCGAUAGUUUUCGGUCCUUUACUUUGUUGACGGUCCCUACUACAGCGGUUGCCCAGGGAAACCAAUGUUAGUCCUGUAGUUCAUAUCGGCAGUCCAGGAAACUGAAAUAUCUUGGACUUGGCGAUAUGGAUUUUUGCCAGUUGGUCCCACAGAACAUCUGCUCAGUAAAGCAUGGACUCAAGUUGGGGCUCAACAUAUAUUAAUGAAGUGGUACAAAAGCGCGACUGAUGUGGAGAGACCUUCGCAAUGGACAAGAAAGAUAAGAAAGAAAAAAAGUCCAACAAGAGUUCAAGUCCCUGCAAGGAUACGUUCGAACCACUUCGCAUCGACGUCAAAACGACAACGACCGCAGUUCUUCUGCUGAGCUCCCCCGAAGAGGACAUUGUGGUCAUUGCAUGUGAAGCAAUCUUCCAAUUUGCAGGGGAAGAUGGGAACAAGGUUUAUCUUAUGGAACUCGGCGUCCUGCAGCCUCUCAGUCGACUCAUCACACACACGAAUGAGCUGAUCAGACGAAAUGCAUUCAUGGUUUUGGGCACCAUGGCCUCCAACAGUGCUGUCGGCAAUGCCCUACAACAAAUAGAUAUAAUUCCAACGAUUAUUGACAAACUCUCCCUUGACGAUUUGGUUAUUCAAGAGUACGGAGCCCUGUGCCUCUCCUUUCUGUCCCUGGCUCCGGCCUCCAAGGUUCAGAUCUUUGACAACAAAGGCCUGCCGGCAUUAAUCAAGCUGCUUUCGAGUACAGAACCGGAUAUUCAGAAAAACGCUCUGGAGACCAUCUACAACUUGGUUCAGAGCAGCCAAUUCUGCCCAUAUGUCCUGGAGUUGGGCGGCAUCCCUUUCAUUCUGGAGCUGCUCCAUUCGGACUACGCCGUCAUUCAGCACUUGGCUUUAAACAUUUUACAGAAAGUCACGGCUGAUAAAGAGUCAUACAGCGCAAUGAGGAAAGAGCAGGGAUUUGAGAAGCUCUUAGAUAUCAUCAAAAACGCGGAUUUCAAUGACCUUCAUGUUGAGGCUUUGCAGGUUCUUGUUAAUUGCGUGAGUGAUAGUGACAAUUUCCUGCUGAUUGAGAAUGGAGGAGGACUAACGACACUAUUUGAGCUUGUCCUUCCCCCUAAACUUUCUGAAACGGGCAAAAAACAUGAAUUGCCUCUCGUUAAAUGCAACAAUAAUGAAGUCCAGUGCAGUGCUGUUGAAUGCCUCUCUCGAGCUGCUCAAAACGCCAACAAUCACAAAGUUCUCCACGACAUCGAAAUUGAGGACAUUCUGGUGGAGCUUCUCUCUGGCAGCAGCGAUUGCGUGAAAAUGUUUGUUUCUCAAGCCAUGGCCGGCAUGAGCUCCUUCUUAUCCAGCAAAGAACGCUUCAGAGAAAUAGGUGGUUUAUCUGCUUUGAUACAUUUACUGAGCAGUGGACAUUUACUGGUGAGAGGGGAAGCCAUCCAGGCCCUUGCCAACCUGACAGCCGAUCACCAGCAAAACUCGAUGACAAUAUAUGAAGAAGGAGGGCAGAAGCCUCUUGUGCAGUGUCUCCAUGACAGCUGUCCCCGAACAGUGGCCAAUGCUGCCGCCAUACUUUACAGGAUAGCGGGUCAGGAGGCCGUUCGCUACGACUUGUUAUCUCUGGGGGCCAUACCUGCAUUGGUGGAGCCCUUAAAAUCGACAGACCCGCAGGUCCUCAUUCACGCCGCAUUGUGCAUCUGUGAACUGGCGUCUGAUGCCGACGCCAGGACGCAGCUCCAGAGUGCUGGCGGUCUGGAGCCAUUGGUCACUUUGCUGCGUUCCACCAACAUGGAGGUGUUGCGCACCGCAUGCAUGGCAAUCAGUGUUUGUGCAAAGGAUGAGCCCACCUCCGUAGAGAUGUGCAAAUUUGGUGCCCUGGAAAUGCUGAAUGAAAUCAACCAGGCGGACAGUAGUAGGAGUAAGUUCAGCGAGUUUGCCUUCAACAGUCUGCUGCAAUCCAGCCUCUCUCUCAAAUACGGCUUGACAGAUCAUUUGGCCACAACCGAUCUCAUCACUGAUGGCUUCUAUGACGCUGGGAAGUUGUAUUUUGGUCAGAAAGUUUUGACUUUAGUGGAACUGUCCAUGGAGCCAGUGAACGAACAUCUGCCCGUCAUAGUUGUCAAUUCAGCGAUCGAGGUGUAUAUCCAUGCAAAAAGUGCGGAGGAAGGGCAACAAACCGAGAGAUACUGGAAGUUGAUGAAUGACGUGGCUUUGAGGUUUUUAGUGAAGGAGGUGAAAGAAUCCAUCUCUCUUUUGAACGGCGAACAGGAACGCUACGUAGCCCUGGCCAGGCGAGUCAGCAAAGUCAUGGGCGGAGCAAUUGAGAAAGAAGAUUUGCACACCUUCGGAUGGCUACUGCACAUCUCCCUCCUCAAAGUCGAGCUGCAGUGUAACGUGCUUCCCAUUGGCCUGAUCAGCAAGGGAUUCUACUGUCACCGGGCUCUGCUUUUCAAGUACUUGGCUGAUUGCAUUGGCCUGAGUUGCACUCUGGUGCGAGGUGACUACAAUCGAGCUUGGAACGAAGUCCUACUCCACGAUGGCGAUCGCUCCGGCAAUCAACCUUCUUCACAGCCAUGUCGCUACAUUGUGGACCUCAUGCACCAGCCUGGAACCUUCUUCAAGUCCCAUACACCUGCCGCAUUCCGAUACCACGGGAUAUAGAGCAUCGCAGCUUUUAGAAGUACUGGAGUACCUACUAGCCCUUUUUUAAACAUUUCUUUUCACUUUUUUACCGGAACUUCAGUGUGUUUUUCUAAGCCUGUGCAUGAUAGGAUCUCUAAUAUAUGCAGAAUUAAGACCCGGUAACAAUAAGAUGAUUGAUAGUU